GCGAAGUAUAGAAAUGAAAGCCGCUAUUCAAUUUCUUCAGUGCCAAUGCUAAAUGGUUCUAGUGAAGACGUAGAAGUUUUUGGUUAGUUAUAAAAGUUUAUAGUGGAAUUAUGAAAUUUAUAGAGGUGAUUUUACUUUUAACAUCCGUCGCUUCGAUUUAUACUAUACCAAAUCACAAUCCUAAAGUUACAGAAGACGAAAACGAGGAAAAUACAAACGACAAAGAUUCCGUAAGAAUAAUUCGACAUACCGAACCAACAAAAUUUAAUUUCCAUCAGACUAAACAACAAGAUUAUUUAAAACAGAGAUACGCGCAGCAACAGAGAAUCAACUUGGAAAAACUCACGCAAUUUAGAAAAAAUAAUUCUAAUAAACAAUUUUUAGACGAUUCCUACUUGAAAACGUUGGAGAAUCCGAGAAAUUACGAUAAAAAAUUUGUUUUAAACGUUAAAUCUAGAUAUGGAAGGGAUAUUAAAGACGUCGAUAGACAAGAUGGCGGGUCUGAGUUAGACAAACACGUCAUUUACGUAGAUCCAAAAGUGGUUAAACAAAUUUUAAAAUUAAAAGCUAAAAGAAAUGCGGUUCAGAUCCAAAGUAGAUCCUACGAAGAUCUAGAUUCUUUAAACGAUCUAAUAGGAAAAAAUCCACAGAUGCAAUUGGAAAGUUUACAAAGAUUUUUACAACAAAACACAUUCGUACCGGUGAUUGAAAGAGCGCAGCCCUUCAGCGGUAAAGAUCUCACUUCCAUCCCAGAAAAAAACCCAAAUAUCCAAAUAUCUAAUCAACCCCUUACUCCCGAAUCAAACCAAGUGGUUACCAAAGAAACUUUCCAAAGGAUACAAAAGCAACUCGAAGAAGCGUCCAAAUUUCAAGUGCAAAACGUUUUAGAAAGGGCACAACAAGCUGCCCAAGCUCACGUAGCUGCCCAACAUAAAGCUAUAGAACAAGCUCAAAGAGCUAUAUUCGAAAAUGUACAAAAACGUUUAUACGAUAACCCACAAGCUUUGAGUUUAAUACAACCGAAGCAAACAGAAUAUACUACUCUUUUAAAUACCCCCGUACAUCACCAAAUAGUGUAUUCCACACCUCUACCACCACAAGUUGUAUCACCAACGCAAACAAUACAACAAAUUAGUUAUAAAACGGCUUUAACCACCGCGGUUCCUUCUAUAGAACCAGAAAACGCACCCGAUCAUAUUAACCAACCACCAAAACAAGUUUUAGUACAACCCCAGGUGAAACCUCAACAGUACGAAGAUAAAAAUAUGGAACAUUACGCCCCACAUCAUCUCCAUCAAACUAUAGCUCAACUAAAUGCCGAAAAAGUAAUUUUACAACAAAUCCAUCAAAAAAAUAAAGCGAUUUUAAAUAGAAACAAAGCUCUAGUUAAAUACGUCGAUAAGAAAGCACAAAAAGAAGAAGAAAAAUACGAAAAAGAAGCCGCAUCGACAGCCUACCAGCACGUGAUAUUAAAACAACAAGAAACAUUUAAGAAUAACCCCGUAGAAGAUAACGAAGACUUGCAAUACGCAUCCAAAUACGCUUUCGGCUACAGAAUCAAAGACAAAGAAGGUAGCGAUUUUGGACACGAAGAAAAACGUAGCGGCAAAAAUGCAGAAGGAAGUUAUCACGUGCUAUUACCGGAUGGUCGACGACAAAAAGUCCAAUACUACGCGGAUGAUAAUGGGUAUCACGCCAAAGUUACGUACGAGAAUAUAGCCAGUCACAAAUAAAUUUUAGAAGAAAUUGAAUUUUCUCUUGGACACAAUUUAGUUAAAUCCGUGGUGAAAUACGAAAUUCACACUAUUUUUUUUAUAUUUCUGUUUGCAAUCUUUUUAGAA